AGAAACUCUAGAAUUGACUUUGGUGAGCGACCUCAUUCUAGGUCUUCCUCGUUCUCUCUAACCAAUUUCUUUUUUACCCCAUUACUUCUUUCAUAUAGACUUAUCAGUUCAAGUUCUCAGCAUUUUAUCUCGUCCUAGCCGGGAACUAGAGAUUCCCUUCAAUUGUCAAACGUUUUGGCCAUGUACACUUAAGCCGGCCAAAAUAUGAAGCACACAUUCUUCUUCCCAAGGCUUCUUGUUCAUUCUAUCUUGCUGGUUAUCUAUGCAAGCUUUGCUUUCGGAGCUACUCAAUUAUCAGAAGAUGAAGUACAAGCUUUAAAGAUCAUUGGAAAGACAUUGGGAAAGGACUGGGAUUUCACUGCAGAUCCUUGUAGCGAAGCAUCUGGAUGGAUUACUCCCUUAACAGACAGCGCAGCUGCGAACAACGUCACCUGCGGCAAUUGUACUACUGCUGGCGAUGAUCAGAUCUGCCAUGUUACAAGCAUAUCUCUGAAAGCUCAGAAUUUGGCAGGAACACUCCCACCAGAGUUGGCGAGGCUUCCCUAUCUACAAAUAAUGUAAGCACAC